CAACAACCUACAGAUCAUCCAGACUGACGCCAUGCUCCGACAACAUCGACUUCCUCCGUUCCUCCGUCCCCGACUCACCUGGCGAUACCUCCUUUCCUCUGCUGCCGUCCUCUACAUCACCUAUUGCCUCCUCGCCGGGCAGCCAUUCUUCUCCUCCGAUAUGCCCCCUUACUCGGGCCCCUAUGCAGUGGGGACUGUCGAUCUCGAGGUUCCACGACCGCCACGUCGCGCUGGCGAAGAGUUCUUCCGCGAUGGGUCGCCGGCGUUCGAGUUGGAAACCGUCCUGUUCUCCGUGUACUACCCUGCGUCUGAAGGCGUGGAGAGCACGAAACCUCGCCACCCGUGGAUCAGCAAGCCGGUUUCGUUAACAGCCGAGGGUUACCUUUCGUUCGCCAACUUGAAUAACUUCUUUCUUAACCCGAUUGCGACACUUGGCAUUUGGGGUCUUGUGGGGGGGAGGGAAAUACCUGCCGAGGUGGAUGUUCCUCUUGCGUCGAGUGAGAAGGAUAUAGAUCGAGAGGUCACACCUGACUUGAUGGUGGAGCCGGAGGAUAAGUUUCCGGUUUUGAUCUUUUCUCAUGGAUAUGCGUCUUCUAGAACGGAUUAUACCAAGUAUCUUGGGGAGCUAGCGUCUCGUGGAUAUGUGGUUGCUGCAGUGGAGCAUCGAGACGGCAGUUGUCCGGGAACGAUGAUCAUGCGGACGGACGAUGGGUCGGAGAAGCCGCUUUACUCUUUCGGGGCCAGUGAUAUAGAGAGACUGAACGAUCUCGAUCGUGCGGAAUUCAAGCAGCUGCAGCUUGAGAUGCGGCAGCUAGAGAUGGAAGAGACAUAUCAGGUCUUGAAAGCCAUCAACGAAGGGAACGGAAGCGAUAUCUUCAGCGCAAGCAGCCGGAAUGAAGGAGAAGAUCUGGAGUCAUGGAAAGGCCGACUCGAUCUGGAUCGCCUAACAGUGGGAGGCCAUUCAUUUGGCGCAACGCUUGCGCUUCGCACGCUGAAGGGCGCACCCUCGGAACAGUUUCCCGCUCGGGGUGCGAUCGUGCUGGAUCCUGGAAAGUCCAGCGGACCGUUGAACCACGACGUUGACGUGCCGACGUUGAUCGUACACUCUGACUCCUGGUCCCGAAAGCUCACCAUCUUCACGGGCCGACCACACUUUGACGUCGUCAAGGCACUAGUUGAGGGCAUUAUCCAGCGCGGCAAAGAUGCGUGGUUCAUGACUUCUGUCGGCACAUCGCAUCCUUCGGUUACGGAUGCUCCUCUGAUUGAGCCACUGCUACUGAGCUGGACGACAGGGGCGACGAUAGAUGUCAAGGAGGGAGUGCAGCAGUAUGUGCAGACCUCGUUGGAAUUCCUCAAGUACUUGCAGGAUGAGCAGAAGAGGGGGAUUCUGCAGGAAACGGUCAGCCAUCCGGAAUAUGACCAGGACAUUCGGGAUGAGAAGCGAAGACGAGAGCAACACCCUGACGUGGAAAGAUACUGGCAGAUUCAUGUCUCACCAGUAGAAAGAUAAACAUACAACCCCACAUUCUUGUUUAUGGCCUUCACCGAACACGUUAUGAAAGCACCGCCUGUAAUUUUAUUAUCACUCUUUCGCCGUCCUGUAUAUAAGUGAUUCAUUCUUACAUUGUGAGCAGAC